AUGAGUCAAAAAAAAUCAUUGUUGUGUAGUUGGCCACCAGAAUCGUUGGAAACUAUUCGGGACCCUAAAACGGAAUUGUACAAUGUGGCCAUAAAUCCAUGUGUAAGAACACAAAAAGUUGAAGAUCACCCGAAUACUCGAUGGGAACGAUAUUAUAAAUUGUUAAAGGUUUUGUAUCCCGGACAUUUGACGAACGGAUCUAUGACACAGAGAGCUCGUAUCAUGGAACAAGCGCUACGUGUUGAUCCGAAUGAAUACAACUUUAAUUUAUACCCACAAUUAAUUGACGUGAAAGAAACAGUAUCACUUGUCCGUCAAGGGCAGAAAGUGUUUCGUAAACCAAUCAAUGAUCCAGACAUUUCGAUUCUCGCGGCACCAAGAGGCUUCUGUGAAUCCAAUAAAAAUGAAAGAAACCGAUCUGAGAUCGUGGUCUUGAUAAAGUCCUGCGUCCGUUGCCAAGGCGAUCGUCAUUGGGCACGUUUGACUUACAUGCAACCGCAUUUGUGGAGUGGUUUUCGAAUUCGAUUUGUGUUUGUCACUGGAAUGCCGGCGGUAAAUUAUACCGGAAAAAUUCACUUCGAGGGAGUAUCGGUCAACCAUCGUAGUCACGGUAAUGACAAAACGGAUUACGAGAACAGCAAGCGCGAAUUGCUCUCGGAGGCAAUUCGGUUCGGUGAUUUGCUGAUCGGCGAUUUCGAGGAUCACUACUUUUCACUGACGUUGAAGCAGGCAUUCAUAUUCCGUUGGAUCUCGGCAUUUUGUGCACACGAAUCUUCCUUAUUCCUGUUUCUGGACCAUGAUUUUGCUGUGAUUCCUAGCAAUCUUAUCAGUUUAGUACGCGGGUUUCCCGAAGAAAUAUUACCAGAUUUAAGUUUCGGUAUUCGUGGUCAAAGUCAUCUAGUAGUACGACCCAGAACAGCGCAUCACAAUCGAUGGGCCGUAUCUGAGGAUGAGUUUCCAUGGGACUACUAUCCGGCCUACUUUGGAGGUCAUUCUUAUAUCAAGGGAAUCAGUGUUGUCACGGAUCUGGCGAUCGCUUCGGCAUUUGUUCGCCCAUUACGUGAAGAAGAUGCCCAUAUGGGCAUUUUGCGUUUCAAGAUGCAAAUACCAACCUACGUUGUAAGGCACUUCACACAUGGAGUCGGCACGGCUGAGGAGUUACGGAAGAUUACAAGCACGAGAUCCGGAUACAUAAUUAAAUAUUUUAAUUGGACCACUGGUCAGAUAAGUUGA